CCGAGAAUUCAAGGGGAAGCUCAGUUGAUGAAAACACUCCAGGAACCAGCCAGGAGCGGCACUUCAGGAGUACACCAAGGUAUCGGGGCUGUACGAACCUUGCAACUCUCGGCGAAACUUGUCCAUCAACCAAGAGCAAUAGAAGCAAUGUUUGUGCUUCUGUGUACUGAUGUCCGACCCGUGCUCCCCCAUCAUAGAAGACCCUUGCUGAUCCAGAGGCCCUGCAAGACCUUCUGUCAUGUUCCUCCGUUCCUCCGAGGGGACGAGGGCAGGACAAGGGGAAGACCCUUGCUGAUCCAGAGGCCCUGCAAGACCUUCUGUCAUGUUCCUCUGUUCCUCCGAGGGGACGAGGGCAGGACAAGGGGGUGAGUUAUAACACGAAAAUGCACCUUUAAGAGUGCAAAUUUUUUUACAGUGUACUGAUGUCCGACCCGUGCUCCCCCAUCAUAGAAGACCCUUUCUAAUCCAGAAGGCCCUGCAAGACCUUCUUUCAUGUU